AGCAGUGGGAACACAUAUAAAGCUAGGUGUUAGUGCAUGUCAAAUGGUAACACUGAAGGCAUACCUGACUGGUAAAGAUGGAGCGGAUUAUACUCCUCUGCAUGGUUUCUAUUUGUCUCUCAGCUGUGCAAGCUCAGAAAUUUUUGUUCAACCAAAAGUGGGGUCCCGCUGGCUACAAAGAAUGGAGAGGGGUCAAUGAAGAAACGGCAAUGGAUAAAAUCAUUAAAACCAACGAGCUUAAAGCUACGCAAAUCAUCGAUGGCGCCACCACCCUCAGAGAGGGAGAUAUUGCUGUUUCCUCCGGAACACCCCCCAGAAUCUGCUUUGCACGGAGCUGCCUGUGGUCCAAAUCAGUGGAUGGACAUGUCUACAUUGCAUAUAACCUCUCACCUGAAUACAAUGACAUGGAUACAAUGCUGAUAAAGACAGGUAUGGCCAACAUAGAGCAAGGUACCUGUGUGCGUUUUGUUCCACGGACUCACCAGAGAGACUACAUCGACAUCCAGCCAAAGUCAGGUUGCUGGUCCUACCUUGGUGCGCGUGGUGGAAGGCAGACUGUGUCUCUCCAGAUCCCUAACUGCGUCCAGGUUGGAGUGGUUUCCCAUGAAUUCAUGCACACCUUGGGCUUUGUGCACGAGCAGUCCCGCUUAGAUCGGGACAACUAUGUCACCAUCAUGUGGCCAAAUAUUUCAAGAGAUCGGUUGAGAAACUUUGAGAAGUUCAAGACUGACACUCUGGAUCUGCCCUAUGACUAUGGCUCGAUUCUGCACUUUGGAAAAUAUGCCUACUCCCAGCGUGGGGAAGCAACCAUCCUUCCAAAGGACAACAACAACAUCCAGCUGGGCCAGGCUUUAUCUCUCAGCCACAUUGACAAGCUAAAAAUCAACAGACUUUAUAAUUGUGAUGACAUGGAUGAUUAGAGACCCGGCUGAAUGGAAGUGAACCAGGAGUAAAGGCCAAUUUAACAAAACUGCAGUUGAAUUAUAUGAACAGUUUCAAUAAAGAUUGAUUCAAACCUUCUAUCAGCAAA